AUGGAGCUGUCUAAGAAAUAUGGAUCUGUGUUCACCGUACACUUGGGCCCCAAGAAGGUGGUUGUCCUGGCAGGCUACAAGACGGUCAAACAGGCGCUGGUCAACUACGCUGAAGAGUUUGGAGACCGGGAAAUUUCACCCAUAUUCAGAGAUACUUUCAAAGAGCACGGUGUGCUGUUCUCCAACGGAAACUCCUGGAAAGAGAUGAGACGCUUCUCCCUCACCAACCUGCGCGACUUCGGAAUGGGCAAGAGGGGGAGUGAGGAGAAGAUCAUCGAGGAAUCCCGCUCCCUCAUCGAGGUGUUUGAGAAUUUUAAGGGUGAGCCUUUCGACACCACUCAGCCAGUGAAUUACUCCGUCUCCAACAUAAUAGGCGCCAUCAUCUACGGCACCCGCUUCGACUCUGACUCCAACCAGCCAGGUUCCUACUUCCAUGACGACAACCUGACCUAUACUGUCAGCAACCUGUUUGCAGCAGGGACGGAUACCACUGGAACCACCCUGAGAUGGGGUCUGCUGCUGAUGGCCAAGUACCCCCACAUACAGGACCAGGUUCAGGAGGAGUUGAGUCGGGUCAUUGGGGACCGGGAACCCCGGGUGGAGGACCGGAGGAACCUGCCCUACACAGACGCCGUGAUCCACGAGAUCCAGAGACUGGCUGACAUUGUACCCAUGAGCCUUCCCCACACCACCAGCUGUGAUGUCACCUUCCAGGGGUCCUUCGUCAAGAAGGGAAUUACAGUGAUCCUGCUCCUGACGUCGGUGCUGCAGGAUGAGGAGGAGUGGGAGACCCCCCACAGCUUCAACCCCGGCCACUUCCUGGAUGAGAAGGGCUGCUUCAUUAAGAGAGACGCCUUCAUGCCCUUCUCUGCAGGGCGACGGGCCUGUCUGGGAGAGAGUCUGUACCUGUAUUUAGACGACGCAGAGCAGUUGCAGGCGGAGUGGAACAGAGGCCAGAUGGGAACGUCUCCAACUGGCGAUCCGACCCUACAGUAG